AUGGGGUAGUGUUCGACGGGUACGGAGAGAGGCAAAAGAAGAUGAAGAAAGUGAUGUCGUCAGAGUUAAUGUCUACAAAGGCUUUAAACUUGUUACUCAAAGUUAGAAACUUAGAAUCCGACACCCUCCUGGCGUAUGUUCAUAACCUAUACAAGAAAGAUGAGUCCAAUACAAAAAAUGGCGUCGUAGUGAACGUUAGGGAUAUCGUGUGCACUCACACACACAAUGUGAAGAUGAGACUCUUGUUUGGUCGGAGACAUUUCAAGGAGACGACGAUGGACGGGAGUCUCGGACUUAUGGAGAAAGAACAUUUUGACGCCAUUUUCAAGGCUCUUGAUUGUUUCUUUAGCUUUUACGUAGCCGAUUACUACCCUUUCUUAAGAGGAUGGAAUCUCCAGGGAGAAGAAGUUGAGUUAAGAGAAGCCGUUGAUGUUAUUGCUAGGUACAAUAAGAUGAUUAUCGAUGAGAAGAUAGAGUUGUGGAGGGGGGAGAAUAAAAACUGCUAUCGUACGGAGAAGAAGAAUGAUGUUUCUGUGAUCAAGGAUUGGCUCGACAUUCUUUUCACUCUUAAAGAUGAGAAUGGGAAGCCGUUGCUUACCCCACAAGAAAUCACGCAUCUCUCUGUGGUUCGUAGUCAUAUUCUAGUGAGUCGUCCUGGUGUUGGUCGAAACCCUAAGACAUGGGAUGAGCCACUCAUCUACAGGCCUGAGCGCCAUAUAACAGGCAACGAAGUGAUGUUGACUGAACCAGACUUACGACUUGUUUCAUUUGGAACUGGUAGGCGCGGCUGCGUUGGAGCGAAGCUUGGAACCUCCAUGAUUGUUACGUUGUUGGGUAGGCUUCUCCAAGGGUUCGACUGGACCAUUCCUCCUGGUACGACGGACAAAAUCGAGCUAGUCGAGUCAAAAGAAAAUUUGUUCAUGGCUAAUCCUUUGAUGGCUUGUGUGAAGCCCAGAAGCAGUAGAAGUAUGACUCUGGGAACAACGUCGUCUCAAUCUCAUGAACCAUCACCGUCGGUGGAUCCUUCAGUCUCCCUUGCCGAUAAGAUCAACGCCGCCAAGAAGAAGUACGCUCUCAUCCCUGACCGCUUCUCUUCCCUCGACCAGGUAUCAAAAGCUCUUAGAGAAGCUGGUCUUGAAUCAUCCAAUCUCAUUCUCGGAGUUGAUUUCACAAAGAGCAACGAGUGGACUGGGAAAACUUCUUUCGAUGGAAAAUGUCUGCACGCGCUCGGCGAAACUCCGAAUCCAUAUGAAAAGGCGAUUUUUGUAAUCGGCCAAACGUUGGCUCCUUUCGACGAAGAUAAUCUCAUCCCUUGUUUCGGCUUUGGCGAUUCAACAACUCACGACGAGGAAGUGUUCGGUUUCCAUAGCGACAAUUCUCCAUGUCAUGGCUUCGAAGAGGUCUUAGCAUGUUACAGGAGAAUUGCACCCAACUUGCGUCUAUCAGGGCCAACGUCGUAUGGACCGCUCAUCGAUGCUGCGAUUGACAUUGUCGAGAAGAACAACGGACAAUUCCAUGUUCUGGUGAUCGUCGCAGAUGGACAGGUAACGAGAGGUACGGAUAUGGCCGAGGGAGAACUCAGUCAACAAGAGAAAUCAACCAUCGACGCAAUUGUAAAUGCAAGCUCGUAUGCUUUGUCGAUUGUUUUAGUCGGUGUUGGAGACGGGCCAUGGGAAGAUAUGAGGAAGUUUGAUGACAAGAUCCCUAAGCGUGAAUUCGACAACUUUCAGUUUGUGAAUUUCACAGAGAUUAUGACCAGAAACUCACCAGAGUCUGCCAAAGAAACUGCCUUUGCUCUUGCUGCUUUAAUGGAGAUUCCCUUUCAGUAUCAAGCAGCCAUCGAACUCCGCUUACUCGGGAAACAGACGGGCACAGCUAAGACAAUAGUUCCGAGGCCACCACCAAUUCCGUACACGCCUCCAACUAAUGCUGAACUACCAUCAACUGCAUCAACUGCAUCACCUGAACAAACCCAGAGUUGCCCGAUUUGUCUGACUAACCGGAAAGACGUGGCUUUCAGCUGUGGCCACAUGACUUGUGGAGAUUGCGGAUCCAAAAUAUCAUAUUGCCCGAUCUGCCGAGUACGGAUCACGAGCCGGCUAAGGCUUUACACGUGAUCGAUGCACACAAACUUUUUUUCUGA